CCACUCAACACGUUAUCAACACCUUUCACCCAUCUUAUAAACAAACAUAUUCGAGUAACAGAUCCAAAGAAGAAGAAAAAAACAGAGGAAAGCAAAAAAUGGCGAUCUUGCUCUGUUUCUUCUUGGUCACGCUUGUAACACUUGUGUCAUCAAUCUUUAUUAGAAAGAUAAAUGUCGCAAAAUACAAUCUGCCUCCGAGCCCUCCAAGUUUUCCGAUCAUUGGAAACUUGCACCAUCUUACAGGAUUGCCUCACAGAUGCUACCAUAAGCUCUCCAUCAAAUACGGUCCUGUCAUACUUCUUCGUCUAGGGUUUGUCCCAGUUGUUGUGGUGUCCUCGAGUGAAGCAGCUGAAGAAGUUCUCAAAACCCAUGACUUGGAAUGUUGCAACAGACCAAAUACGCUCGGGACCGGAAGACUCUCCUAUGGCUUUACAGACAUCACUUUCUCGCCAUAUGGUGAGUAUUGGCGGAAAAUGCGAAAACUCGCGGUUGUCGAGCUUUUUAGCCUUAAAAAAGUUCAAUCUUACAGGUAUAUAAGAGAGGAAGAGAUCGACCUUAUGGUGAAGAAAGUGUCGGAAUCGGCUUUGAAGCAAUCUCCUGUGGAUCUAAGCAAAACUUUUUUCUCCCUCACAGCAGCCAUAACCUGUAAAGUAGCCUUAGGACAAAACUUCCACGAUAGCGGCUUUGUCAUCGAUCACGACAGGAUCAAAGAACUUGCUACCGAGAGUACGACAGCUCUAGGAAGUUUUACUUUCUCAGACUUCUUCCCCGGUGGACCUGGAAAAUUCUUAGAUUCCUUGUUUCGAACGCAAAAGAGGAUAAACCAAGUCUUUGACGAGCUUGAUGUUUUUUACCAGCAUGUGAUUGAUGAUCACUUGAGACGCAAAAGUUUGGAUGCUCCCGGAGACAUUGUUGCCUCGAUGUUGGAUAUGAUGGAUAAAAAUUAUUAUUUCAAGCUCAGUGUGGAUAAUAUCAAGGCAGUCCUCAUGAAUGUAUUUCUCGCGGGGGUAGACACAGGCGCCAUAACAAUGAUUUGGGCGAUGACCGAGCUCGUUAGGAACCCUAAAGCGAUGAAGAGAGUUCAAGAAAAUAUCCGAGCCACCCUCGGGGUCAAAAGGGAAAGAAUCACUGAAGAAGACGUAGGAAAGGUUGAUUGCUUGAAGCAUGUUAUCAAAGAAACAUUCAGAUUACACCCACCUGUUCCGAAUUUGGUCCCAAGGGAAACAAUGUCUCACAUCAAGAUUCAAGGCUACGACAUUCCCCCAAGAACACAAAUCCAUAUCAACGCAUGGGCGAUCGGACNNGGACGUGACCCCAAGCGUUGGACAGACCCUGAGGAUUUCAUCCCUGAACGGUUUGAAAAUAGUUCUGUAGAUUUUAGAGGACAACACUUUGACCUAUUACCGUUUGGUUCUGGUCGUAGGAUCUGUCCAGCGAUGUCAUUGGCGAUUGCCACCGUGGAGCUAGGACUGAUGAAAUUGCUUUAUUAUUUCGAUUGGAGUAUGCCUGAUGGGAUGAAAGUUGAAGAUAUUGAUAUGGAAGAACUUGGUACUCUCACGGUAGUCAAGAAACUACCUCUUCAACUUGUGCCCCUUCAACGCUAUUGAUGAGCAGAAGAUCAAUGCAUCACAUGGAAAGAGUACGAGCGACAGAGUUCAAUUCGUAGCCUUUCAUCCCAUCAAUAAAGUUCUCUGUUCAAACGUCAAUUGACUAUCAUCAGUAGUUCAAUUCGUUGUAGGGACAAUAUACACAGUAGUUCUGUAGUAAUGAUCUACUAUGGAAAUUUCAAGCGACAGAGUAAACCAACAUCUACUUUUUAUUCUUUCCUAACCUAAAUGGUAGAAAAUGAAUAUUUUUUAAGUAAA